AUGGUUCGUGUUCACGGCCACCGCAUGGUCUCAUGGCAACGUGGAGCAGACGGCCCGAGCGCAGAGCAUGAUCCGCAACGCGAUCGAAGGAAUAGAGGUGCAGCACCAGAUCUCUUCACUGCAGGGAGAGCCAGUCGCCAAAAGGAUACGCCUUGCGAACAUCAGUGUGGUGGAGGAGGUGUGGACGUGGAUGCUCGAGGGCUUCAUCCCCCUCUUCGCAGGCAGCCUCGAGGAGCCAGGUGUGCUACGAAAGUUCAACCAGGUGAUCCGUCCAGGAAUCCAGCUUCGCCAGAGACGGGUAGCAGACGUUGA